AUGUCUACCAGUGGUCUGCCUUCUUCGAGCGAAGAAAGUGCCAGCUGCGUGAACAGCCCUACCAACAGGGCGUGCUGGUUACCGGGCUACGACUUGACCACGAACUACUACGAAGACGUACCUGACACAGGCGUUGUCAGAGAGUACUGGUUCAACAUCGAGAAUACCACGGCUGCCCCGGAUGGUUAUGAGCUGCCCGCCCAGCUGAUCAACGGAUCUUUCCCUGGUCCUACUAUCAUUGCUGAUUGGGGUGAUACUGUCGUUGUCCACCUCACCAAUUCCUUGCAGACCAACGGCACGGGCCUACACUUUCACGGCAUUCGUCAGAACUACACUGAUCAAAAUGAUGGAGUUCCCAGCAUCACGCAGUGCCCAAUUGCUCCCGGAGAUACGUAUACCUACAGAUGGCGAGCAGUCGAAUAUGGUACUGGCUGGUAUCAUUCCCACUUCUACGUUCAAGCUUGGGACGGAGCCUUUGGCGGCAUCAUCAUCAACGGCCCUGCUACGGCCAACUAUGAUGUGGACCUUGGCCAUGUCUUCUUGAAUGACUGGUACCACAAUACAGCAGAUGAACUCGUCACCAAGGCUGCAACUGGUGGCCCGCCAACUGCCGUCAAUGGACUCAUCAACGGUACCAACACGUACAACGACACCAUGGGUUCGCGUUUCGAAACCGUUUUCGAGGCUGGCACCAAAUACCGUCUCAGACUCGUCAACGCCGCAGCCGAUAAUCACUUCCGCUUCAUGAUUGACAAUCACACCAUGGAGGUCAUCGCCACAGACUUCGUCCCCAUCGUCCCCUACAACGCCACCCAGCUCAGCAUCGGUAUGGGUCAGCGCUACGACAUCAUUGUGGAGGCCAAGGAUCUGACUGAGGGCGAUUUCUGGAUGCGUUCGAUCGCCCAAGAGUCAUGCUCCGAGUCUGAUGCGGUCGACGAUGUCAAGGGUAUCGUCCGAUACUCCAACUCCUCCACUGCGGACCCCACGACAUCCGCUUACAGCUACACGGAUUCUUGUGCCGACGAGCUGUCCUCGAACCUUGUUCCGUACCUUGCGAUCAACGUUUCUUCAAACUCCGUGACCACGGAUGAGAACGUCGGCGUCAUGGUUACUGACAAUGCUCUGCUGUGGACGAUGAACAAGACCUCUUUCCGUCAGCAAUGGGAGUACCCGACUGCACUUCAGAUCGCGCAAAAGAAUUCGACUUGGCUCACCAAGCAGAACGUCAUCCAGCUUCCCCAGGUUGACGAGUGGGUCUACAUGGUCAUUCAUUCUCCCUUUGCCCAGGACCAUCCCAUGCAUCUCCACGGUCACGACUUCUGGAUCUUGGACUCAGGAUACGGCAACUUUGACUCAAACCAGACCGACAGAUUGACGCUGGCAAACGCACCCAGAAGAGAUGUUGCCAUGAUGCCGGGCAGUGGAUACUUGGUCAUUGCCUUCAUCACGAACAACCCUGGUGCUUGGUUGAUGCACUGCCAUAUUGCUUGGCACACUUCAGAGGGCUUUUCUCUUCAGAUCAUCGAGCGCGAGUCUGAGAUCACCUACGACACUGACGUGCUGAACAAGACUUGCACCAACUGGAUGAACUACGUUGCCGAGACCGACCUGGUCCAGUACGACUCAGGAGUCUAA